AUGUAUAAGUUCUCCAGUUUCAUAGCAUCACCACGGGCCGGCAUUGGUUAUUCUUAUCAAGGGUGCCGUAAGACAGACAUCAAGGGACACUUUGCGCGAAAAACGGCAGCCCUGUCAAGGCACAUCGACAACGUAACAGUAUUACCUAGGGCAAGCAGGGGUAUCUGCGGCAGACCGUUUUGA